AUGCGCAGUUUGAAUUCAAGCUUCAAAACAAUGGCGGUAGACGGUUUGACCAUAACAGAGCAGUGGAUCAGAGAAAAACUCAACCUUCAGCACAGUUGUUUAGCGGAUGUCCGAUCGUUGACUCUUCCAGGAACAUAUGAAGGGAAAAUCUGUCAUUUAGGAACAUCCCUAAAAAACUUUGUGCGUCUGAAAUCACUGGAUCUUUCGCAUAAUGCACUGGUCACAGUUCAGGGAAUUGAGCAUUUGGAAAUGCUGGAGAGACUGAAUCUGUACUACAACAGACUGGCAUCUCUGCAGGACGUCUUUUCCCUCCACAAGCUGCAGAAUGUAAAGGAACUGGACUUACGGCUUAAUCCUGUGGUCAAGAAACACCCACACUAUCGUCUUUACCUGGUCCAUGCCAUGACCAAACUUAGAAAGCUUGAUGACUGUCCAGUGCGAGACAGAGAAAGAAAGGCGGCUCUCAUGCAUUUCUCAUCAGAAGCAAAUCUAGACACUAAUCAUAAGAAAGAUGCCUUAAUACAAGACACAACGUGCAGUAGUGAGCUCAGAAUAAAAGUACUGCAGAAGAUGAUGAAGACGCUGUCACUUCUAGAUGGGAAUGAGGAAGCUGCACUUAAUGAUGUUUCUAGAAAGACCUUGAAUAGCAAGAGACCUGAAACUCUCUCUGUCCGCAUUGAGAAUGGGUGCAGCCCUUGUCUAUUACAGGAAAAUCCUUCUGAAUCUGAUAUUAUACAUUUAAUCAGUGGUCCUGAGUGCGAAAGUUCACCGAAACAAAAUAAGGAGUGUGUUCCCAAAAGCUCAGAUUAUAAAAAAGAAGCUGGUUCUCAGAGAGUAACGUUUGUGAGCCCCAUCGUGGAGAGCCGUCAUUCAGUCAGAAGUCUGACUCACUUUACAGUUCGAGGAGAAAGCGUCUUCACACCACAUCCUGCAGAAAUGCAGUCUGAUUCACGUGAGGAUGAUUGCACGGCCCUUAAAUGGCGAAACCAACCUCAAGACAGAGAAAACCCAGUAUUGCAUCCUCCCAGAUUGACUUACCAGAUCACAGGAACCUCAGACAGAAGCUCAUCGGCGUCUGAGAGAAAAUGCAAACCACAGAAGGGUGCCUACAGGAAGCCCAUGGAGCUGCUCCUCAGCAUGAUGGAGGAGCUCUGGUCUGGGAAGAAGGAGAAUCAACCAAACAGGACGUUCCUCAUGAAGAUGGUUCAGAUUCUCAGCAUGAUGGAGCAGGAUGUCAUGGGAGGAGAACAAGAGAUCCAAACUCUGAAAGAGACACUCAAAGCCUUGAAAACACAGACUGAAUUACAGGAAAAACAACAUCGGUCUGAGACCGUAGAUCUGAAACUCCAUCUUCGGCAGGCGCAAGAGUCUAUCGAAGCACUUAAUGAGCAGCUGAAGAAUGUGUUGGAGGAGAACGUGUCUUUACAGAAACAGCUGAUCAAAGCAGAAAACAAGCUGCUGUCGUCUCGGCUGAAGAAGAUGCCGAACACGCAGGACAGAGGACAACAGACGGUCCCUGAGGAGAUGAACGUGAAAAGACACACAAUUCGGGAAGGAAAUGAAGCGAAUGAGCAGCUUGAGAGCUAUAAGUCUUUAAUUGCCAGAAACGAGCGUUUGCUGCAGCAGCUGGAAGCAGCUUUAAUGAGCUGAUUGAUGCAAAAGAACGUUCCUCCAAUAGACAUCUAGUUUUAAUUUUUUAUAAAUCUGCCUUUUAAAAGAUGGUUUAUACAGUCAUACCUUGUAUGUAAAUGCCUUUUGUUUUAUAUACACUCUGUGUGUAAAGCAGCAUUUGUUGUGUUUAUUUCUACAUCUGAGAAUCAAUUAUAUUCACAUCUUGGUUGGGUUCAUACAGAUACUGAAAAAAUGCACUACUUCUAAUUCUAAAAAAAAGAAAUAGAUACUUUUUUUUUUGUUUGUUUUUAUAACUAUACUGCCUUAAUAGUUUGAUGUUUCCUGCUGUUUAAGAAAAAAAAGAUUCGCAAAAUCAUCAUCAUACCAGAUCUAAAUCAAAUAAUUUGCGAUCCGCAUUCCGAAAUUCCGAUCUAAAACAAGAUUUGCAAACCCACUCCGAAGUUCCGAUCUAAAUCAAAUGAUCCGCAAUCCGCAUUCCAAAGUUCAGAUCUAAAAAAAAAAAAAGAUUUGCAAAC